GCCCCUCCCCCCCCAUUAAGCCGCCGCUGCAGUCGAGCCCCGAGUGCUGCCGCUACCGGUCCCGUCAGCAGCUGCUGGACGUCGCCUGCGCCUCACGGUGAGGCCUCUGCGGGCGGGAAGCGUUGAGGCCGAGCGGAAAGCGGCACCUGAGGCGGCCUUCGUCGGGCUGAGCUGCGGGACGGGGCCGCGGGCCCGGCUGGGGGCGGGCGGAGGAUGGCCGUGAGGCCGCGGGGCACCUGAAGGGGGGGAUCGGGACGGGGCCGUGGCCGUGGCCGUGCUGCUUCCGUGCUGCGGAGCCGUGAGGGAGGACUGCGAGGGCAAGCGCCGCGCUGUAAACAAGGCGGGGCUCCUUCCGGAGCUCCUUCCCGCUCACCUGGCGGGGCACGGCCCGGGCCGGCCCGAGCGGCGCUGGGGGCAGAGCGGUACCCGCGGGCCUCACACGGGACUGCUGUAGGCGGGCCUGGCCACGGAGCGGCCCCUCCUCCGCCCCCCCGGCUGUGCUGAUUCGGGGGGGGCUUUUCGGGUCUGUUCAGUCACACUGGGGCUGUUCCCUGGAGCCUGUCGGUGUGCAGAGCUCUAUUACAGCAAAAAUUGAGUGAAAUGUAACAAACAGCGAUAUUUGUGUACAUCGUGUACUGCUUUAUCGCCGAUAUUGGUUAAGCUAACUUGAUUUCAGCUGAUUAAGGCUCAUGACGAGCAGGUACAGGCCGCGGUGGAAGCAGGUGCGGGUGAUGCAGCAGCCCGGAGGCAGGCAGAUAUUCCUGCCACGCUGGCUCAGACAGCAUCCCCGGCUCUGCUGUGCAGCAUUAUGUAAUGCCGGGCACAGGCAGGGGGUUGGGAGCUGCCGUAUGGAGCUGGGCUUGUGCUGAGUGCUUUCAGCCCAGUGUUGCAACAACAGAUGCGUUAAAUGCAAAAUGCAUGCCUCAAUAUUCCUUCUCAUCCCCCCGUUUCAGAACGUGUUCAAGCUACGGUGUGGCAUUGUGCUUUAAUCCUCACUUGGUUUUUGUGGGUGUUUAUAUAUACGUGUAUAUCUUCGGAGCGGCCAUGACUGUGUCCUUCCAAAACUCCAAUCCUAAUUAGAAGUAGCACUGUCAUAUAGGGUUACAGUGCUGUGUGAACAUUAACUAGCUGCUUGCUCUGCCAAAUGGAAAUUAAAGCAAUGAGGACUUCGGGCUGCUGUGAGCUGCUUAAUAACAUACUCUGGCUGGCCUUCAUUGGCCUUGGUUUGUUGCAGUGCUGUCAGGCUCAGCCUUACUGAUGAGCUGUAGAAGGCAUUGGAAAAAGGAUAAUGUGUGUCUGCUCCAAGUGGUGCAGCUGAUUCAGUUUUGGUAUUUCAGGUACUACCGCAAGGAGUCAGCAUGCUUAGGUGGUAAACUUGGCUGGGGAAGGACGACUGAAAGGGGACUGAAGUGAAUUUGAAAUUAAAUGAAUUUGAAAUCCAUUGUCUCUGAGGUUUUCCUCUAAGACAGCUUGCAGGCUGCAUUUACAGUUGUGUGCUGUAGGUAUUUUCAAGCUGUUACCUUGAGGAAAAAUAUGGGUGUUGCACUGUUCUGCUGCAGACAAAUGUUUUGAAUGGUAAAGGAAUGCAUCCCACAAGUUUAAGAACUGAUUAAUACGUUGUUGCAGUCAGGCUUGUUGUGUCUUCCAGGUCCCUUCAUUUUAGUAUCUCUGCAGAGCUCAAGCACAGCUUCGGGUGGAAGCUGUAACCUGGUAGCUACUGUAUCAAAUGCCUUCAAUUAAGCUGCAGAGUUCAGAUGGAGAGAUUUUUGAAGUUGAUGUUGAAAUUGCAAAACAGUCCGUAACCAUAAAGACUAUGCUGGAAGACCUGGGAAUGGAUGAUGAAGGCGAUGAUGACCCAGUCCCUCUUCCAAAUGUCAACGCAGCUAUUUUAAAAAAGGUGAUUCAGUGGUGCACCCAUCACAAAGAUGAUCCACCUCCUCCUGAGGAUGAUGAGAACAAGGAGAAAAGAACGGAUGACAUCCCUGUGUGGGAUCAAGAAUUUCUGAAAGUAGACCAAGGAACACUUUUUGAACUCAUCCUGGCUGCAAAUUACUUGGACAUCAAAGGUUUGCUUGAUGUCACAUGCAAGACAGUUGCCAACAUGAUCAAGGGGAAAACUCCAGAAGAAAUUCGCAAGACAUUCAAUAUUAAGAAUGACUUCACUGAGGAGGAAGAAGCACAGGUACGUAAGGAGAACCAGUGGUGUGAAGAGAAGUGAAGCAUUGUGCCUGACACUCGAACACUGUAAGGAUUGUUCCAAAUACUAGUUGCACUGCUCUGUUCAUAAUUGUUAAUAUUAGACAAAUGCAGCAGCAAAUGAAGUUAUGAUAGCAGGAUAUUGUUCCCUUUGCAUGUGUAGUGUUUUUUUUUUGAGUAUAAAUUUAAAUCUGCGUUUUUACUAGUGUAAUGGGAUGUCUUUUUACUUUACUCUGCAACGAAUAAAACUGAACCAAGUGUGGAUUCUGUAUGGAAAGUAGCACUUAAGGUUGUCAUUUUCAUUAUACUUUUUUAACUGUUCCAAGUCCAGUUACAAUCUUAAGCGUUGACUCCACCAUUGUAAAUAAAACCACCUUUGCUUUCUUCCUCAGGAAGAACAAAACACUUAUUUACAGGGUAUUGAUGGCUUCAGAAAGGAAAAUUAAAUGUGUCUUGGGGAGCUACAUAAAGCUUAAAAAACCUGUUGGAUUUCUUACAAAAACAUUUUGGAAAAAUUGGUGUUACUUAAAGCUGUAUAACUUUAAAGAUGGCUCUUGUUCUGCAUUUAAAACAAAACAAUCUGUCCACUUCCUUGUCCUGUUGGUCUGGCCUGGUAGGCUGAUGAGUAGUAAGAGAUGUGAUCUAGAGCUAAGCAGGCUUCUGGCAGCAAACGUGGCAUGCUUCUGCCAUGUCGUGAAGGCCUGCCUCUAGCUGGUAGCACGUGGAAUUUGUGUUGCUUUAUGCACAGGACAGGUGUGUUUUUAUACUUUUUUUUGCUAAAAGUGGAAUCCAGGUUUGACCAAAAAUGACUGACAUUACCAAAGUUAAGAUUAUUGACCUGUGCAUGCCAUUAGUGGCUGUUUUUUUAGGCAAUUUUAAACUACCCUUGUGAUGUAGCUCUUUAAAACAUGGUUUUCGUGUAUCCAUGGGAGAUCUUUUUGCCUAUGUAUGUGAUACUUCUGCUUCUAGAGACUUCUUAUUGCAUACAAAGCUAAUGCAAUAUUGAGCUUGACUUCUUUGGACAAAGCCACUUGCAACUAGUUAAACAGUAACUGGUUUCCUGAUUUUUAUUUUAAUUUUUUUUACAGUUCCCUUAUAGGGAGUAGGGGGUGGUUUUGUGGUAGAUCUCUGAGGUGUGCUCUUAGCUUGUAUUGCAUUCCAUUCUCUGUAUAAAUCUUAGAGUAGAAUAAACCUUAAUAAACAUACUUAUCUCACUUUAAAUAUCAGUGUUUCACUUCUGAAUUAAUAAAGGGCUUUUAAACUUCUA